UCCGCUCGAAAUGGCUGUCGAAGCUGUACAAAUAUUGAGACGAAAUCGACCCGGUUCCAAAGCAAAGGAUUUUUGUCGCUGGCCAGACGAACCCUUUGAGGAAAUGGACAGUACCCUUGCAGUCCAACAGUUCAUACAACAAACAAUACGACGUGAUCCCUCAAAUCUUGAAGCUAUUCUGAAAAUGCCUGAGGCUCAAGAUGAAGGUGUUUGGAAAUAUGAACACUUGCAAGAAUUUUGCAUGGAGCUAAAUGGAUUGGCAGUAAAAUUACAAGCUGAGUGUAAACCAGAAACUUGUACGCAAAUGACUGCUACAGAGCAAUGGAUUUUUCUUUGUGCUGCACAUAAAACUCCCAAAGAAUGUCCUGCUAUUGACUACACAAGACACACCCUAGAUGGAGCCGCUUGCUUGCUUAACAGUAACAAGUACUUUCCCAGCAGGGUGAGUAUCAAGGAAUCAUCAGUAGCUAAGCUGGGUUCAGUUUGCAGAAGAGUCUACAGAAUAUUUUCCCACGCAUACUUCCACCACAGGGCUAUCUUUGAUGCCUUUGAGAAAGAAACUCACCUUUGCAAGAGAUUCACUUAUUUUGUUACAAAAUAUUCAAUAAUUUCAAAAGAUAUUCUGAUCCUGCCCAAGCUGGAUGAUGAAACACCUGUCGGUGAAUCGGAAGCCUGAGGUUUAAAGAAAUAAUUUGGUUCUAACUUUGAGCCAAAUUAUAAAUAAUACUGACUGUUGUGUUCACAAUGAUUUGUGACGAUAACUGAAGUACUCGAGUUUAUGAUAGUGUACCAACUACAAAGUUACACAAUUGAUAUCCCUUACUUCAACUUUUUUAACAAUCAAUGUCAUAAAUAAUAUUAGGCAAAUACUUUAGAUCCCAGAUACUUAUAUACUCUGGAUUAUACUUAUUGUUACUUAACAUAGUAUAAAGUUGAGAUGUAUCUAAUCAUUGCAUUUAUAGCUUAUUGUCUUAAGAUGUCCAAAAUUUGAAUCCCUAUUUAUAUGCCUAGUACCUAUCUAGUAUUUAAAUUAUGUAUUUGAAAUUAGAUCAUUUAUUAGCAAUUAUAUUAUGCUCUCAAAUAUUAACAUGUGUAAUAUUCUUGUGUCAAGUAAUUACCCAAUAUGUUAUUUAUAAAAAUAGAUCUAAGUAAAAUUGUGAGUUUAUUAUGUAAUCUCUCUCAUAUUUCCUGUGCACAAUAAAACAAGUUUAUUAAAAUGUAAA